ACAGCAAUAAUCCCUCCCACGCACAUCCGCCUCCCCACCUCGCCACCGUUGACCGCCGCCGCUCUCUCUUUCCCCCUCCCCCCACGGCCGAGCACCGCCUUCCGCGCACGUCUGAAAGCGUUUUAGCUGGGGAGCAUUACCGCCGGGAAGAGAGAUCUAUGGAGGCUCCGGUCUGUGCGUUGGUGGAUGCCAUGUCCAAGCUCCCCGCGAAGCUUCACGGGCUACUGCGUCGUCACGGUCACAUGUUGCCCAGGGGAGCGGAGGACGAGAUCCCUCUCAUCAUCCAAGAUCUCGACAAGAUAAUGGCCAUCCUCCAGGACCACGACCGCCCGACGGUGGAGGACGGUACCAUGAUGAUUGGGUGCUUGAUGAAGGAGGCGCGCGAGCUGUCGUACGACAUCGAUGACUGCAUCGACCAGUACGAGCAGGCCGCCGCCGCCGCCGCCGCCGCCGCCGCGGGUUCCAGGAGCAUCUCCGCCCGCAUCCCUCGCCGCAGGAACUCUCGCCGCGGCAGCAAGACCACUAGGCUUCCGGAGAAACUGAAGCGGCGCCUAUGGAUGGCUAACAAAAUCAGAGAGUUCAGCGUGCGCUCGCAGGAGGCGCUUGGGCGAUACAGCUUGUUUAGCCGUGAUGGUGUCGGUGCUGCUGCUUCUAGAUGUGAUACGUCUUUUGGCUUUUGGCAUCUGCGUGGGGAGCAUGCCAACCACCUUGUUGGUAUCGAUGGCCCUAUGAACACGCUCGAAGUGUGGCUGGCCAAAGGAGGAGAGCAGAAGCUCAAGUUCGUCUCCAUUGUUGGAUCUGGAGGAGUUGGUAAGACCACACUUGCCAGCGAGGUGUACCACAGAAUCGGAGGACAAUUCGAGUGCCACGCGUUUGUGCAAUCAUCUCAAAAGCCGGAUAUCAGGAGGCUUCUCAUCAGCUUUCUCUCACAAAUUCAACCAAAUCAGCCCCCCAGCAAUUGGAAAGUGCAUAGCCUAAUUGCCCAUAUAAGGGCGCAUCUCCAAGAUAAGAGGUACCUGAUCGUAGUUGAUGAUGUAUGGGCUACCACAACUUGGGAUAUUGUUAACUAUGCUUUGCCGGAUGGUAAUUGUAACAGCAGAAUACUAAUAACGACUGAAAUUGAGGACGUGGCCCUAAAAUGCUGUGGUUAUGAUCCUAGUUAUGUUUUCAAGAUGAAGCCUCUUGGUGAGGAUGACUCAAGAAAAAUAUUUUUGAGUGCAGUUGUUGCCCCUCCAGAAUCCAUUGAAAUUUCAAACAGUAUUAUAAGAAAAUGUGGUGGUUUGCCACUAGCAACUGUUACUAUUGCCAGUCUUUUAGCAAGCCAGAUGGGCAAACCUGAGCAGUGGAAUUAUGUAGAUAAAUUCUUGAGUUAUGGUUUAAGGACAAAUCCUACGUUACAAGGGAUGCAACAAGUACUUAACCUCAGUUAUAACAAUCUUCCUCCGCAUUUGAAGGCAUGCCUGCUGUAUCUCAGUAUAUAUCAGGAGGGCCACGUAAUAUGGAAGGAUGAUUUGGCAAAGCAAUGGAUAGCUGAAGGUUUCAUCCGUGCAACUGAAGGAAAGGACGAGGAGGAAAUGUCAGGGGCCUAUUUUGAUGAGCUUAUCAGUAGCAGAAUGAUCCAACCUAUAUAUACAAGUGACACAUGUGAGAUUUUGUCCUGCACAGUCCACUACAUGGUGGUUGAUUUUGUUAAGCACAAGUCCAACGAAGAGAAUUUCGUUACUGCAAUCGAUCAUUCUCAGACAAGCAGAACACUCUCCGACAAAGUUCGUAGACUGUCUCUUCACUUUGGUAAUGCAGAAGACGCCGCUCCGCCAACAAAUAUGAGGCUAUCCCAAGUUCGAACACUAGCCUUUUUUGGGGUCAUCAGUUGUCUGCCUUCCAUGAUAGAGUUCCGUCUUCUUCAGGUUCUAAUCCUGCAAUUUUGGGGUGAUGAUGAGAGCAUCAGUUUGGACCUCACUACCAUCUUGGAGCUUUUCCGGCUGAGAUAUUUGCAGGUCACAUGUAAUGUCAACUUAGAAGUACAAGCAACCAAGGUGCAAGGUCUAAAGUUUUUGGAGACACUGAAAAUAGAUGCAAGGGCAAGCACAGUUCCAGAAGAUAUCACUCAUUUGCCGCACUUGCUGCACCUCAUCCUUCCUGCUGACACAAAUCUUCCCAAUGGAAUUGGCCACAUGACAUCGCUUCGCACAUUAGGAUAUUUUGAUAUCGGCACUAACUCAAUGGAAACCUUGCAGAGGCUUGGCAAGCUGACCAAUCUGCAAGAUCUUCAGCUAACCAUACAUACAUUACCGUCUGAAAAUCUGAAGAAUAAUAUGCUAUGCCUGGGCUCAAUUCUCUGCAAACUUAGCAACCUUAAGUCUUUAACUUUGGCGCCUGUAGGUGUAGGAUCCUCUUGUAUAAAUUGUCAGAAUGUUGCUGUUGGUGAAAGAAUGAUCAUUUCUGGUGACGACUUGAGCAACGUAUCCUCACCCCAGGCUCUUCUUCAGAGGCUUAAGUUAUCGUCGCGUGUUUGCAUCUUCUCCAGCCUCCCGAAGUGGGUCGGACAUCUCUGCAAGCUCAGCAUUUUGAAGAUUGGGGUCAGUGAACUGACGGGGAAUGAUGUUGAAGUUCUCAGGGGAUUGCCAGCAUUGACUGCUCUAUCGUUGUAUGUCUGCACAAAGCUGGCAGAGCAGAUUGUCUUCAACAAGGCGGGAUUCUCAGUUAUCAGGUACUUCAAGUUUCAGUGUAGUGUGCCUUGGCUCAAAUUUGAGGCCGGUGCAAUGCCUAAUCUUCGGAAGCUCAAGCUAGGUUUUAAUAGCUCUGGAGUGGAUCAACAUGGUACUGCAGCUAUCAUCAUCGAGCAAUUGUCAGGCCUUGAAGAUAUAUCUGCAGAAAUUGGGGGUGCGGGAAUUGAUUGGGAGUCUGUCUUGGCGAACACCAUUAGGAAUCAUCCUAGCAAUCCUCGAAUCAACAUACAAUUGAAGGAUUGUACCUUUUAUGGUCACACAAGCAUGGGGACAAAACAGAAAGGCCACAUGAAUAAAAAUGACAAUAGCGGAGAAGAUGAGAAGAAACAAGCUGAUAGCGGGGUUUUUACGUUAUCGGAGUCCUCUUCACGUCUGCAUAUAUCAGGUUUUGAUAUGGAAGUGCUUCUUAAAAAAGCAAUGAGCUGCUGGUUAAAGCCUUCUGAAGUACUCUACAUUUUAGAGAAUUAUGAAAGGUUUUGGAUCCCCUCGAAGACACCAAAUAAGCCAGCCAGUGGUUCACUAUUCCUUCAAAAUCGCCGUCUGAAUCGCUUUUUCCGGAAAGAUGGCCAUGAAUGGCGGAAGAACAAGAAUGGAGGUUUAGAGGCUCACAAACGAUUGAAGGUUGGAAAUGUUGAUGCUCUGAGUUGCUAUUAUGCCUAUGGGCGGAAGAAUCCAUAUUUCCAGAGGCGUUGUUACUGGAUGCUAGAACCUGCCUACGAUCACAUUGUGCUGGUACACUAUAUGAGUAUAGCUGAGGGCAAUUCUAAUUUGAGUUGUGUAACUGAAGUAAGUUCCAGCUUGCAAACUUGCGGUGUUACUGAGACCGGGCAGAGCUAUUCUAAUUUGAGUAGUGUAACUGAAGUAAGUUCCAGAUCUGCAAGCAAAGAGUCCAACUACAAUGUAGGUAUGCUGGAUUACAAUAUAGGUAUACCAGACUGCAAUAUAGUUAUGCCGGAGGCUCAAGAGCGUGGCCAGAGUAGUGUAGAACAUACCAAUGAAGCUCGGCCGAAAGAUGACAGAGGUUUGACGGAAGCUUUGGAGGCUAUUGCUAAUCACUUAUUAGGGGAUGACGAUAAUGGCCACAUUUACAACUCUGACCAAAGUCAAGAAUGAGAAAGACUCUGGGUAUAUAAUGUUCAAGAUGGGUCACCCUUGCGUUAGUCAGUAGAUGAUCCGGCAAACAAGGUUCCUUACGCUGGAAAAACUGGACCUGGGGCCGGUGCGCCAUGUUAGCAAUUAAUCCAGUUGUCGUUUUAGUUUGUUUUUUUAUUUUCUGAAACAUAGUUCAGACACGUUGGUUGUGUCAUAGCAGUAGUAAUAAGCCUGAUAGGCCUGAUCCGUUUGUUUCGUUCCUUUCUGUUGUAAUCUGGACACGAUCAACUCCGCGGGAUGGCACGGAUUUAGUGGAUCGUGGACAGCGUAGGAUUCGGUCACGCUCGCUACGUCGAGGUGAACCUGGAAUAAGAGGAAAGCGCAGAAAAGACGCAAGCUUUAGGCGUCGCAAAA